AUGAGUAGAAACCAUGCCUCCAUCCGUGAUCAGCACUUGGAAAUUCUCAAUGACAUCUAUACCAUUGUCGACACUCUCGCUGCUGAGGAUGUGCCAUCUGAUCGAUCUGGCACAAGUUACUCGUCGAUCAAUUUGGACUCAGUAGGGGUGUCGCUAAGCAGCUCACCGCAUGCGGGACUCGAGUCUGUGGGAUCGGACUUUGGUGCAGAGCUCAAUUUGGAAUUGGUACGGCCGCUUAGUGAGUCGGGUGGCAAGUCAGAUGAAGAGGCCGAAAGUACUAACUCAGAAGAUGAGCAACCAUGGCUGAUUGAUAGGUUCAGCUUCAUGCAGUUGACCUCUGCACUAUACAUCAUGCUCCACACCGCCGUGGAGGAGACACAUAUUUGUUUCCCCAAAAGCCCUGCUUUUCGGCAGCCUCAGCUAGGCUUACUUGAGUGGGCCCACCAUAAUGAUCUCGGCCAUUUCUUGCGUAAACUAUGCUUACGUCCCAUGACCUUUGAUCUGAUUGUCACACUAAUUGAAAAUCACCAAAUAUUUCAUAAUUCGUCCAAUAGCCCCCAGUAUCCCACGGCCCUUCAGCUCGGAAUAUUCCUUGUUCGAGUCGGCCACUAUGGAAAUGCGGCAUUGUGUAAUGAAGUAGCCGAGUGGGCAGGAGUGUCAGUUAGCACUGUUGUCCUGUCCACUAAGCUCACGGACGAUGAAAAACAAAGUGCCAAAGCUUUUGUCCAAUCAAAACUCGUAACCCUGCCUCACAACUUACGGAUUGUCGACUAUGCCCUGGGGCACACAGGCAGUGUGCACAACUCUUACGCAUUUGAAGCUACACAGAUCUCCCAUGAUCACGCACUAUUUCUGGAUGCCGAAGAGUGGAUAUGGGCUGACUCAGCAUAUCCCAUUCAAGCGGCCCACAAAUGGUAA